CAAACUCCAACUAUAGUUUUGGUUCCACAAAUAUUGAGGACGCUGACCUUGUAGAUUGAUGUCGAAGUCAAGUUUUAGAGUAUUGGAUCGCAGCGUUUCCAUUUCCCUGAAGAAACUACGGAGUUAACUUUAAAAUAAAUGGCUGCCGUCGAUUCGGGAGUCGAAACAGAAAGUGAGAGCUUCAACGAAGACAGCAGCAACAGUUUACCCUCAACUCCCAAAGUCGAAGACGAGGGCUUACACGGAGUUAAACAGAAGGUUCAUGUGUCGAAACCGGUGGUCCAGCAAUUCAGUGUAGACCCUCCAGCAGGGCUUUCGUUUGAAAAUCUCAGACCAUGUUUGAAUUUCGGACAAGGAUACGAAGCCCAGAUGCUGGGACAAAAUUAUCCAAAUGCGGUUGGGUUGCCUUCCUUUAACUGUAAAAUGAGAGCCAGUCGGGGUGUGAGAGUGGUGCGUUUCUACCAACAGAGCAAUGCAAGAAGCUGGAGUAAAUGGAAACUUUACUUGGGCGAAAGAAAACUCCGUCUGGCUGCAAACACUAAUGACUUAGAUAGACUGAAAACUUUGUUGGAUUCUGGGAUAGAUCCCAAAUCUUGUGAUGAGUUUCUCCGAACUGCUUUACACCUUGCUGCCUCCAAAGGUUACACAGAAGUUGUGAGGCUUUUGCUACAUUACGGUGCUGAUCCCAAUCAAAUUGACUCACUCGGAAAUACACCUCUGCAUUUAGCUGUCUGCACAAAUCACGUAAACGUUGUGACACUGUUGCUCCGAUCAGGAGCCAAUUUACGCCUUCUUGACCGAAUGGGAAGAAAUCCCUUACAGUUGGCUGAAUCGAAACUAAAGCUCCUGCAAAAGAGAAAUAUUGGCGAAAACUUUAUGCAAAUUCACUGUGAAGUCUUACAAGUGGUUGAAAUGUUAAAAACGUACCUGGAGAAAACUGGACAAGAUGACGAAGCUGAACUAAUGAAGUCGUUCUCCGAGAGGCUGACGUUAAAUAACAAUUCGGUUGGCAGCAACAACAAUAACAAUGACAUGGAAUCGAGUGUAAAGGAACUUCUUGCCAGCCUGACGGCGCUCAAUUUGAAAAAGGAAUCCGAUAACUGAAGGAAAAAACGUUUUGACGGCAAUUUCACUUGCCCCCCAGCAAUUGGUACGGUCUCCCUAGUUGUAAUCACCAAAUUCUCAUGACAAAAAUAUCGAUACAAAUAUCUUAACCAUUUCCAAUAAACUUCAAGUGACGCAAUACUGAUAACAAAACAAAACAAAAAAAAAAGCCCCGAGUCUCCGUGAACUAUUUUUCCAAUGAGAAUUUAUAAUUAGUUAUAAAGAAUCCAAAUAGAUACGUCUAGACUAUGUCUAGAAUUUAAUAAUUUAAACAAAAAAAAAAGCGGCCACUGCCUUAAGAAAAAGCAAUUGGCAAAAACAAAAAAAAAAGGAAAAUAUUUCGACCCCCAAAAAUCUCGUUAUAUCCCGCGUGAGUUUGUUUGUUUAAGCCGUCCCUGGUGAAUGAGCAAUAAAUAAUUAUAAAACAAAAUUUCUUAGCCUUCAUAAUCUCUGUAUGUUAUAAAUCAACGAUUUCACCAUCAAAGUUUCAUUCGAAGAAAGCGGAAACAAAGAAUCAGAUUCCGUGCAACGAAUAAUAAAUGUUUGUCUUUGCAUUGGUAAAUUGGGCCUAUUGCGCGUUGCGACUUUUUCUCAAGAAUAAAAACUAAAAGGUUGUGUGUACACGACGACGAUGCAGCUUGUAGUUGAACAAACACAUUGUGGGCGGCGCUACGUGUACCGCGUUCAAUCAUUCCCGGUCACUUCCCGACUACCCACACACACACGAUUUUACUCUCUAUAGCUCUUCAGGCAUUGGCCCGGUUGGAAAAGGGGAAGAAAACCUCCGCAACACACAAAGAUGCGUGCGUGUAGCAUAUACAGUGCCUCGAGGGUUUACUGAUGAAUCGGGAGAGAAAAACCUGUUAUGGUCUCUGGGCGACGGAGCAGAAGGCAACAAGCAGCACUCCGGUACACUAGUAGGUAAAACCAUCCUCCUCCUCUUCGUCUUGAAUUUUUGUUUCUUCUUCGUCGCUUUUAUUCGACGCUGGCUGGGCUGACCCUAACAACAAGCCAAAGCCACCUUUUUUAAGGUGUGCCUGUGUGUGUGUGUGUUUCCUUGAGAACAUUUUUCGGUUGUGAACAAAUUUCGUUUCCCUGUUGAUUGACAUCCGGUUGCACUAAAACGUAGUACAGACAGACUGAAACCUCAUCCGGUUUGCAG